UGCCCGUCAAGAAAAGCCGACGCCGGCCGCUCCACUUUUCUGUGCCUUCGUCUUCUUCGCCUUCCCCCGCUGCCACUUCACAGCCACGUUGGAAGAAAGCGACGUCGUUGGGAUGGCAUAAUUCCUUUUGCCUGCGCUUGCUAACAUGGCCAACACCAUCUCGACUGUCCACCAAGUCCUCCUCGCGAUUCUCGGCCUGCUCUCGACCAUUGCGGCCGUUUAUGCCUUGGCCGAAGACACGUACCUGUCACCGUCGCCUCGGUUGGACGUGGCCAAUGUGUUUCUGCGCUUGUACCAACUCUUCUUUGCGCUCGUGCUGUUCUCGACGGCCGCGUUGGGGUGGAAGGUCCCGUUGAAGUGGUUCUCGUUCUUGGAAAGCUACGUCGGAUCGGGCUUGUUCGCCAUCUUCCUUGGUUUCUACACCUACCGACUCCUGAACGACUAUGGCCUUUACUCUGCCUGGAUCCACUUUGUCGUGGGCGGUCUCUUCGUUGUGUACGGCUUCUUUGCUGGUGAGCAACGGGCAGAAUACACCCCCAUCCUCCCCCAAUAAGUGCCACAACGUCGUCGUAGCUAGUAUGGAGCGAUCGGUCCCGUUAAACACUUUACACGUUGUCAUCUCCCUUCGGGAUCUUGUCUUUCUUGGGCGGACCCUUUCGCUUGG